GGAAGCUGAAAGAAUCUGACUCAGAGGAUCACAAUAAUAUAAGGCUAGAUAUCCUGCCAUCCAUCAUUCAUGAAACUUGAUUGUAGUAACUGCUCUGAUAACAAAGCUGUUGGAAUUAGGGAGGUAUGAAUGUGGACACAGCUAUUAGAAAGUGAGAGUGAUUGAUACCUGAUGGGGCAAUCUUAUUUGCAUGAUUAAACCAAAAUGGAUUCCUAGCACUGGAUAGACUUAAAAGGAUAAUAUAUUGGGAGAUGGAGCUAUAAGCUAUAAGCUAUAAGACAGAGGAAGAAAAAAAAAACCAUAAGAAGGACAGGAAGAAAAGAGACUAGGCUAUAAGAAUAAAUGAUAACACUGGGAAAAACCUGAAGGCUGGAGACGGGAAGAGAAGGGAAGGAGAGGGGAGAAGAAAAGAAAAUCCACAACCUGUGGAACAAAAUCUAGAGCUACAGUUUGUUUUUCUGAAAGAGAAGAAAGCACCUGAAGAUUGUCUAUUUCUUUUCUUUUUCCCCCAAGACUCAGUUAAUGAAAAAAAUACUCUUACCUUCAUAGCAGGAGGGGGAAAAAAAGAGCCAAGCUGAGCUAAAACUCAAUUUGGGUUUUGGUCAGAGGAGAGAGCUGAAGUGAAAUCCAAACUGUCUCUUUUGGUGCAUCUGAAUGAAAUAGCUGCCUGUGUAAACUGAGGAGAACUCAGCCCUGGUUCAAGAUCUCUGCAUCCCCUCACUUUUGUGAUUUCUAGAGGAAAUAGCUGGUAUAGUUUUAUUUUUGUACACAUAUUUAUUUCUCCUUUUUUAAACCACUUUCUUUGGUGGUAACCUAGGACACAGAGAAAGUAUCUUAAUUAUAGUCACACCAGUUUAAGAUUUUCUUUAACCAUAUGUACCUUUUUUUAAAGGGCCAGGAGGAAGGGUCAUUUUAGGGAAAGGACAUUUCUUAUUUGCAAGGCUUAGGAAGACAUACAGACAUAUUGAUACAUAAGCAAACAGGAGAAGAAAAUUUCAGGGGUUGAUUUCAUUCCAAAAUCGAUGGAAGAAAAGGCCAGGCACCGAAACAGCUCUGAAAAGAGCCCCACAAGCAGGAGUGAGUCUGAUCCUGGCACAGAUGUUGGUUCUGAAUUGGGUGGAGUAGCACUGAAGAAAGAGAUUGGGUUGGUCAGUGCUUGUGGGAUCAUUGUAGGAAACAUCAUUGGCUCAGGAAUUUUUGUCUCCCCAAAGGGAGUUCUGGAGAAUGCUGGCUCUGUGGGCCUUGCUCUGAUUGUAUGGAUUGUAACAGGGCUCAUUACAGCCAUUGGUGCAUUGUGCUAUGCUGAACUUGGAGUUACUAUCCCUAAAUCUGGAGGAGACUACUCUUAUGUCAAGGACAUCUUUGGAGGACUGGCCGGAUUUCUAAGGCUGUGGAUUGCCCUGCUAGUUAUCUACCCCACCAACCAGGCGGUCAUCGCUCUCACCUUCUCCAGUUAUGUGCUGCAGCCAUUUUUUCCCAUUUGUUUUCCUCCAGAGUGUGGGCUUCGACUCCUGGCUGGAGUCUGUUUAUUGCUUCUCACCUGGAUCAACUGUGCCAGUGUUCGAUGGGCCACCCGAGUACAGGACAUCUUCACAGCUGGAAAGCUCUUGGCCCUGAUCCUCAUUAUCGUCAUGGGGAUUAUCCAGAUCUACAAAGGACACUACUACUGGCUAGAGCCCAAACAUGCAUUUGAGAAUUUCCAAAAGCCAGACAUCGGCCUCAUCGCCUUGGCUUUCCUUCAGGGCUCCUUUGCCUAUGCAGGCUGGAACUUCCUUAAUUAUGUGACAGAAGAGCUGGUGGAUCCUUGCAAGAACCUUCCUCGAGCUAUUUUCAUCUCCAUCCCACUGGUCACAUUUGUAUAUGUCUUUGCCAACAUCGCUUAUGUCACUGCGAUGUCCCCCCAGGAGCUACUGGCCUCCAAUGCUGUGGCCGUGACCUUUGGAGAGAAGCUUCUGGGGCUCUUCUCCUGGAUCAUGCCCAUUUCCGUCGCUCUGUCUACAUUUGGUGGAGUCAACGGAUCUCUCUUUACAUCCUCCAGAUUAUUCUUUGCUGGAGCCCGGGAGGGCCACCUGCCCAGGGUCCUGGCCAUGAUCCAUGUAAAGCGUCGAACUCCGAUCCCUGCACUCCUCUUCACAUGUAUCUCCACCCUGUUGAUGCUGGUGACCAGCGACAUCUAUACACUCAUCAACUAUGUAGGCUUCAUCAAUUAUUUGUUCUAUGGUGUCACCAUUGCUGGGCAAAUUGUCCUGCGUUGGAAGCAGCCUCGUAUCCACCGCCCCAUCAAGAUAAAUCUGUUGUUCCCUGCUAUCUACCUGUUCUUCUGGGCCUUCCUGUUGGUCUUCAGUCUGUGGUCGGAGCCUGUGGUUUGUGGUAUGGGCCUGGCUAUCAUGGUGACAGGUGUUCCUGUCUACUUUUUGGGGGUGUCCUGGCAACACAAACCCCAGGGUUUCAAUGACUUUGUCGCUUCCCUGACCUCAGUGAGCCAGAAGCUGUGCAGAGUCGUGUAUCCUCAGAUGGAUAAGAAGCCAUCAAGAGAGGAGGAAUCAAUGGAUGAAGUGAGAGAGCAGCAGCCCAUCUACAAGUCUUCUACGACCCGCUGGGCGAAGUCCACAGACUCAUCCCACCUCUGAUGCUGACCCGCUCUUCUCCAAGCUUCUAUGGACAGGCUUCCCUUCCUGCUGGAGCCACCCACUUCUUACUCGGGAGCUUAUUCUACAGCCUCAGCUACUCAGCCUGAGAGGAAAGACUUGGAGAGGAGCGUGCCCUGAGGGCUAGUGCCAUCUUGUCUCUUUCCUAUUGCCCUAAAGGGCUCCCUUUCUUUCCAAACAAUCCUCCAGACCCCCUUCCUCGGAUACUCCAAUCCAAACAGUACCUCCCCUCUCUCCCUUCAGGACUGAUUUCCAAAGAUAGGACAAACCAAUAACAUAAAGACAAAAGAGGCCAUUUGUGAGGGGAGAUUGAAGGCAGACCCUAAAUCUCUAGAUUUCAGAAAAAUCCAUCUAAUAACUGCACCUCCUUUCUCCUCCCUUACUAGAGAAGAUGAAUGCCUUUAACUGGCUACCCAAGGCAAUGAGGAUUAAGUCCUUUGCUAUUUCUUAGGACAGACAGACUCUGUCUCUUAGUUGAUUUCCAUAUGUUUCAUAGAAAUGCAAUGUUGGUCCUUUGUAAUAAGGCUAAUUUUUAACACAUCUCCAACCAUACCUGCAGGGUUAGAGAUGAAGGUGUGGAUAUUGGAUCUUCACAGCCUUCUGAGAUCUGUUCGUUUCUCCCUUGCUCUCUAGCCUUUCUCACUUACCACCCAUCCCCAUAGAGAUCCAGAGCUAGGGCAUUUUCCAUCUCCCAUAACCCUCCCAGGGCCCUUCUUCAAUCUCCCCAAUUACCCUGGAAUUCCAGGGAUAGAUCCAUUUCCUUCCCUCCCCCUUUUAACACCUGGUCUGGGGUAGUUUCCCAUCUCUACCCCACUGUUUCAUAUGAUUAAGUAAACAAGACAGGUUUUGAUAAGAGCAAGUAGCCAAGGUGCAGGGAAGGGGAGACAACCCCCUCCUAUUGACCCUCCUUUCUCAUCCCCCUAAAUCUUUUCCUUGUAUAAUUGUUUUUUGUAAAGUGGAUGCUUUACUUUUUGGAUAAAUAUUUUUGAAGCUGUUA